CUGGCGGCUGGAAGAGCGUGCAGACUGCGAGAUUAGAGCUUGAACCCACCUGCAGGGGAGUCGGACAGAAGAACGGCUCAGGAAUAGGAAGGGAAAGCAGGGAGACGACAGAAGGAGGAGGAAUAAGAGUGGAAUAACUUUCAUCUGGCCUUACUGACUGUAGAGGACCUAAAAAAGAAUUGAUUGGAAGCGCGGCCAGUGCGGCUACCCAAGGGACGCUACCGCUAGGCGCCAUCUAUCAUAUUGGUCUGCCCUCCGUUUUAUUACUGGACCCUGAUGACACCACCUUUUCUCAGAUAGGAGUGUGUGCUCCAUGUGCACACCUCACCUACACACUCUGCCCUGACGCAGGGGGGAUAUUAUUCCUACCACCUUCAGACCACCACUGCACCCUGCCCUGUGUCUGUGUCUGUGUGUGCGUGUGUGAGAAAGAUAGAUAGCAGGUGUUUGUGUGUGUUCAGGCCAUGUGCAGCAAAGCGAGGCAUCCUUUUAGAAGUCGAGACAUAUUGCACCCGUUCAGCUUCACGAAGGCGUUACGGAUCUUUCUUUCCUAGUCACAGAACACUGACUUUUAAUAUUCGACGUCCUCUGUCGCGUGCCACGGAAGCUUCCGAUUUUGUUGAGCUCGUGCUGAACUUUGAGAUGUAUCGCUGCUCUAAUUAGUUUAAAAAAAAAAAAAAAAACCUAACCGCAGCAUUGCAUUGUAAGGCAGGACGAAGAUCAGAGUCGGAUAAGGUGCUGAGGCUGGCAUAUUUUUUUCUUUCCACCAAGCCUAACUUGGUGCAUUUGUCUUUUUCCCCCCUACAGUUUUGAAGCGUACCUUUUCUUCCUGCAUAGUUUUGAUGGAGCUUUGUGAGUUGCUUCACCCAGCUGUAACCCUGCAUUGAUCUGUAUUGAUGUUUGAUGCCACACUCAAGCGGUGUUGUGGAAAUAAGUCUGGCAUUUACCAAGUGGGGUGUCGCUUGAAUUCGAACCCAAGUGUACUUUAGGAUGAGGACCGAAGUGAACAUCUAACGGUUGAAAACAGAUAACACUAAAACAAGGAGCGGCUCGUGAUUGUGCACGCUUGUUGAUCGUUAUCGAGGUGCAGAACUAAUUAACCUGCACUCUGGUUGUUAAUAGCAGGUGUGAUUAAGAGUGCAAGUAAAAUUAUGCAGCCUUGAAUUUUUUUUUUUUUUCGGUCCUCGGACGAGGAAGUUGAAGGAGUUUAAUUUGUGGAUAUCAGUUCUAGCUCCUGCUGGAGUGUCUGAGUGAGGUGAUGAGAGCUUGAACAGCCGGGUGAAGUGUUUUAAUUAGCUGAAACCUUACGCUCUGCUGCUGCGUUGCUGUAGUAGUGGUAUCUAGUGGUUGCAGUUUAGCUGAGUCUCAGCUGGGUGACAGAGCCAAGUGUGUAUGUGUGUGGCAUGUGUGUGUGUGUGUGUGUGCCUGGCCGAAGCCACAGAAGCCUCAUUGACCAGCCUACGACAGUCAAUACACAAUGAGAGAAGGCCGGCGAUCUCUCCUCUUCUCUCGCUCCCUCACUGCGCUGCUCGUUCAGUCGUCCAUUCUGCUCUCUCUCUGCUCACGGGGCCAGGCGGUGCAGGCUGAGAAUGUGACAGUUCUCGAGGGCGGCACAGCGCAUAUCUCCUGCCGCCUACAAAACUAUGACGGCUCCAUCGUGGUCAUCCAGAACCCGCGCAGGCAGACGCUGUUCUUUAACGGCACACGAGCCCUGAAGGACGAGCGCUUUCAGAUGGUGCUGUUCACGCCACGCCUGGUGCGCAUCACGCUGAGCAACGUGAGCGUGUCCGACGAGGGGGGCUACUUCUGCCAGCUCUACACGGACUCCACGCACCACCAGGUGGCCACGCUGUCGGUGGUGGUGCCUCCGGAGGUUCCAACCGUGGAGGUGAAGAGCGAGGCGGUGGAGGGUGGAGAGGUGGAGCUCACCUGUGUGUCAGAGAGGAGCAAACCUCCCGCUACGCUGCGCUGGGUCCGAGAUCGACGGGAGAUUCCUGGUGUGGUGUCUCAGCAGGAGAACGGAAAGACGGUGAGCGUGUCCAACAGCAUACGGCUUCCCGUGGAGAGGAAGGACAACGGCGCUGCUCUCAGCUGUGAGGCUUCCCACCCAGCACUCGUGGGACAGAAACGGGUCCGCCAUUACCGCCUGGAUGUCCACUUCGCCCCGACGGUGAGGAUCAGCCCCCCACAGGGGAUUCUGCGAGAGGGUGACUCGCUCAGCCUUACCUGCACGGUCACUGGAAAUCCACUGCCACGGGACAUUCACUGGUCACGAGUGAACGACACUCUUCCUGAGAGGGCGGAAAUUGCAGGCACCACUCUCGUCAUGUCACGCCUGAGCCAAACACACAACGGCACCUACCUGUGUCAGGCGCACAACAAUUACGGACGCGCAGCCGACCAGUACACACUGCUGGUGUAUGAGAACGUGUCUGUGUUUGUCAGUCCCACCAGUCCCACCUCCCAUCCCAUCACCUCCUCAUCCACCCUCCUGCAGGAGCCAGCAGACCCUGGAGCAGUGGUGGAGACUCAUAGCGCUGUACCGUAUCCAGUCAUAGGGGGUGUCCUGGCUGUACUCGUCUUCACCAUCAUCUGCGUGCUCAUUGUAACCAUCUGGUGCUCGGUCCGACAGAAAGGUUCUUACCUCACGCAUGAGGCGAGCGGCCUUGAUGAGCACGGCGAGGUCCAGGAAGCGUUUCUCAACGGGAACGAUACUACUCAAGGCAAGAAGGAGUAUCUACUGUAACGUCUCCUGGAAGACGACAACGGAGCCCAGAUCUCAAACAAACCCACACACACACACUCUUACACACACACACAUACACCUAUAUGUAUAUGCCUGGUGGAAAGCCACUACAGUAGUGCCAUGUAAGGGAGAGAGAGAGAGAGAGAGAAAGUGUCAGGAGAGAAGAAUGGGCCUAAUUAAGAUUGAGAGAGACAUCAGAAACAGAAAAAGCACUGGCCCUGCACACCCACACACACUUUCUGUUGAAGCAGUAAGUAGGAGGCAGAACCGAAUAGCCAUAACUUACGAUCCAGUGGAGCAGCAACGACUUCACCCUAUCGACCACGCCGAUGCAAAUAUAUAAAUAGAGCACAUGAAAUAUAAAAGAGUCGGAUUACAGCGUCGCGUGCCUCAGGCGUCCCUCGUGUAGUCUUUACACUGGAUAUUCACCUGAUUCUGGACCUCCUUCAUAUCCCAUUAUCAGGUCUUUAGUAAUCCAUACACACACACACACACACACACAUGCACACACGUGCAGAAUUUGCAGCUGAUCAAUCCCAAACCCCUCCUGAGGUGCAGAUCUUCUCUUUGAUCCUCUCUCUCACCUUCUCCACGUCUCUUCUGCCCUUGUUCCAUCCCCAUCCCUCGCUUGUUUAUGUUCAUAAUUAAGCAUCAGAGGAGCCGUGAGGAAGCAUAAUUCUUAACCAAGUGUUAUCGGGAAACCUGUCGAAGAAGCCGAGGCUCAAAGGAAGAACGUGUAGUGAAAUAAUAGACGAAAUAUGUGUAAAUGAUAUAGACCUCUUUAUAUGUACAGACACACACACACACACACGAACAUAUACAAACAGUCACACACUGACACAACGAAACAUAUCUCUCUUAAGUCAUUAUUUGUAUAAAAAAAAAAUCAGUAAAUUAAAUUAAUCUUUUAAGAAGGGAACGAGAAGGUCUACUUUUGAGUGCAUUACCAAGCGAUGCUAUUAUACUAACACAGAACAUUAGCCUAGAGAAAUACGAACAAAACACUGUUGUGCGAUCUUUAAACAAAAAAGGAAGAAAGAAAAAUGAGAAAAAAAAAUUAUAUAUAUAUAUUUCAUUUGUCUUUGGAAGAUACUUUGUUUUAUAUUCAUUAUUAUUUUGAAAAUGAUUGUUGUUAUUGUUAAUAUAAAUUGUAAAUGUUUUAAAUUGUACAAACUUCCCAUGUUUUGAACCUGCUUUGUUUUCCCUCGCCGCUCUUUUUAUCCCUAUUUUUUUUACCCCCCGCCCCUCGAUCUUUCUUGCUCCUUCUGUCAUCGUCUACGUGCCGAAGUGUCUGAAUCCUUCCUUCUUGUCUUUUAAUCAUGAUUUUUAAUAGUCUUCUUCACAUCACUGUUGAUAUAGCUAACCGUGUUUCUUUAUAGAGGAAAAAGUUACAGAGCACGACAAAAUAAAAAACGUACUCCAAAA